GAAAAGUCUGCCCAGAGCUGCCAUUGCCAAACAACGGCAACAGGACGGAAGGUCAUCUUUACGGAGACACAGUCACCUUUUCCUGUGACGAAGGCUACGAACUGAUCGGUUCUGAAAACAGAACUUGCCAGGUCGACCAGACUUGGUCGGGUGUACAGCCCAAUUGCAACAGAAAAGCCUGUCCAGACCUUCCGCUUCUGAACAACGGCAACAGAACAGAGGGCCAUAUGUACGGAGACACAGUCACCUUUUCCUGUAACGAAGGCUACGAACUGAUCGGUUCUGAAAACAGAACUUGCCAGGCCGACCAGACUUGGUCGGGUGUACAGCCCAAUUGCAACAGAAAAGUCUGCCAAGAGCUGCCAUUGCCAAACAACGGCAACAGGACGGAAGGUCAUCUUUACGGAGACACAGUCACCUUUUCCUGUGACGAAGGAUACGAACUGAUCGGCUCUGAAAACAGAACUUGCCAGGCCGACCAGACUUGGUCGGGUGUACAGCCCAAUUGCAACAGAAAAGCCUGCCCAGAGCUGCCGAUUCUAAACAACGGCAACAGGACGGAGGGUUAUCUUUACGGAGACAUAGCCCUUUACUGUGACGAAGGCUACGAACUGAUCGGUUCUGAAAACAGAACUUGCCAGGCCGACCAGAGCUGGUCGGGUGUACAACCCAAUUGCUCCAAAAAAGCCUGCCCAGAGCUGCCAUUGCCAAACAACGCCACCAGGACGGAGGGUCAUCUUUACGGAGACACAGUCACCUUUUCCUGUGACGAAGGAUACGAACUAAUCGGCUCUGAAAACAGAACUUGCCAGGCCGACCAGACUUGGUCGGGUGUACAGCCCAAUUGCAACAGUGUCAAUGUCGCUCUGGGGAAGGCAGCGUUCCAAACAAGUGACUAUGAAGACCAGAGCAGUGGUAGGGGGGCUGCAAGAUUUGCUGUUAACGGGAACACCAAUAGCAACUACCACGCUUGGUACUGUACACACACUGCAUUAGAGGCUGAUCCAAGCUGGUGGGUGAAUCUUGGUCAAUCGUACAUGAUUGACAGAGUGGCCAUCUUCAACCGCCAGGACUGUUGUGCUGAACGACUCAACCCCUUCAACAUCCACAUCGGGGAUUCCGACCAGGUCAGCGAGAACCCCAAGUGUGGCGGUGAUCAUCAAAUCGCCUUGGACCAGCCGUCCAUUUCCGUCUCAUACCCGUGCGUCAAUGGGACCUGCACGAGCGGGGCAGACAACUUCACCUGCGCCUGUGACGAGGGCUACGAAGGAGAAACUUGUGAAGUUCCCAUCACUGUCUGCACAGAUCCCCUUGGGAUGGAAUCUGGCGCCAUACCUGAUGACAGCAUCACCGCAUCCUCUUUCUGUUGUGGUAAUCACGAGCCCUACCGUGGUCGGUUGAACGGAGUUGCUGGUGAGGGCGCUUGGUCAGUUGCAACCAACACCAUCGGGGAAUGGUUACAGGUGGAUUUAGGAGAAAUGAAGACCGUCACAGGCACCAUCAUCCAGGGUCGCUAUCAUAAUUACGACCAGUGGGUGACCUCCUACAAACUACAGUACAGUGUAGAUGGCCUCAGUUGGAUCACGUAUGCAAGUAGCGAUGGCUCCGAAGAGGUGUUUCCAGGCAACACCAACAGGUACACUCCCGUAACCAACCUGCUGGACAGUCCCACUGAUGCCCGGUACGUGCGCUUCCUGCCUCAAUCCUGGCAUGGCUGGAUGAGUAUGAGGGUGGAGGUUCUAGGUUGCAGCGUUAAUGGAAUAUGGCUGCGACGGGAUUCUUCAUGGGUUGUGGACUCCACCGGCACACCGUUCGUCGACAACGGAGUGACAUACGAUGCCGCAAAAGCCUUGGAUGGAAACAUUAGUACCUACUGGAACGUCAUAGAUACCGGGCAGAACCACAGCAACUGGUACAUCGUGCUGGACAUCGCAGCGCCUCAAAAUCUGACUCGCAUCGCAGUGAACAGUUACGGAGACACCACCCACGACAUCGCAGCCUUCACGUUGCAGAAGUCUCAGGUUGGGAGUCCGUACCGCUGGGAGGACGUCCUGUCUGUCGAUAACGUGCAGGGAGGGACGGACCAGAGGCAAGAGUUCGGCGGGUUCCAGGGAACAGCGCGGUAUUGGAGGUUCGUGGUCACCCGGACCCACGAGGGCUGGCAACCUUAUCUGACUGAACUCAACCUCUACAGCACCUCGCCAGUGAACAGCCUAACGCUCAGGACCAGCAAUACGUCUGUCUACGAUGCCAGUGAGGAUUCUUUGACAGUUGAAAUCUUCUCUGACCUUUGUGAUGAUGUCUGCACGAACACAACUGUAUCCGGACUUACGGACGUUGGCACCGAGUACGAUCGAACCUUUGCCGCCCCCAAUUUCGGUCAUCCCACAAGGCUUCGACUUACAAUUUCAGGAGAGGACUGGCUCAAACUUGACUGGGUUGAUGUAUACAAUGUUUAUACUGGGCUACACUAUCGUUUUUCCUGGCCCAGCAAAGGUUACAGGUUAUCAACUGAUCCAAGUGAGGGGAGCCCACAGGUUGUCGUAGAUGUCGAUGGAAAAGUCUGCCCAGAGCUGCCAUUGCUAAACAACGGCAACAGGACAGAGGGUCAUCUUUACGGAGACACAGUCACCUUUUCCUGUGACGAAGGCUACGAACUGAUCGGUUCUGAAAACAGAACUUGCCAGGCUGACCAGACUUGGUCCGGUGUACAGCCGAAUUGCAACAGAAAAGCCUGCCCACAGCUGCCGAUUCUAAACAACGGUAACAGGACAGAGGGUCAUCUUUACGGAAACACAGUCACCUUUUCCUGUAACGAAGGCUACGAACUGAUCGGUUCUGAAAACAGAACUUGCCGUGCCGACCUGACCUGGUCUGGUGUACAACCCAAUUGCAACAAAAAGCUCUGCCAACAACUGAUGGCACCUUCUAACGGCAACAUCAGCGGCAAUAGUUCUUAUGGGGACGUCGUUACGUAUCACUGUGACCCUGGAUACGAGAUCAGUGGUGAUAAACAACGGACAUGCCAGUCGGACCAGACCUGGAGUGCUACAGAGCCUACAUGCGUUGAUUGCGUCCCUGACAUCAGCCUGUCUGGAGGAGGAAGCAGUGAAUCCUCAGCAGUGAAGAUCGCGCGGCGGACAGCCUUCACCAUACGGAGCCGCAUCAACGUCAUCUGCAAUCAGACCUACCGCGUCACAUAUGAGUGGAACAUUUUCCAACAUGACCCUAUGGGUAACGUAGUGCAGCUGCUGGACUUUCCUAACAAAGUUGUGCGUGAUUCGCAAGACAUCACAAUUCCGAGAAACAGCUUGGGCUAUGGCUCCACGAUUGUUGAGCUGAACGCUACCAUGGACUUCCCGACUACUGGAAGCAAAAAGUCACAGGUCCAAAAACAGUGGGUUAUCAUCACACCAUCGGCCCCAGUUGCGCAUAUAGCCGGUGGUUCUGCUAAAUCUGUCAGUCGGGAUGGUGUUCUGGUACUGAAUGCAUCAGAGUCGUAUGAUCCGGAUGAAUACAUAGACGACUACAGAAACUUCACUUUUCAUUGGACCUGUCAGACGCCUAAUGGGACAUCAUGCAACGACAUAUUCCCUGAUGCCAGACAAAGUGCCGUUUAUGAAAAACUUCAGACUGCGUCAUUUCCUGAUGACAUCUUGACAUUCACGGUCGAGGUCGGCCUUCCCGGGAGGAACUCCUCACGGACCUCACAGUCAGUCUCCCUACUAGGCGGGGUUGUCCUCAACAUCGCCAUUCGGUGUGCUGCAAACUGUGAAACCAAAGUCAGCCCAUCUGAGAGGCUAGUUCUCGUGACCCAGUGUGACGACUGCCCGACAGCAAACACCACAUACCUCUGGACCCUGACGGGAGACAAGCACAUCGACUGGGAUGUGGACACGACAACCGGAAACACGUCACCGAACCUAGUGGUUCGCAGCAACAUUUUUGAGGCAGGAGAAAGCUACACCUUCCGGAUUACUGUGACUUCCAACGUCGCACCUGGGGGAACCGGUUUUUCUGAGCACAGUUUCAGAGUCAACACACCCCCUACUGUCGGGUUCUGUGCCCUUCUUCCAGCCGGACAGGAACAUCGCGACUUCAACGUCACACUAGAAGUUCGUGUAUCGGAUGCUUUGGGUGCAACAUCAAUUAUCAGAAAUAUCAAAGUACAGGUCCGUCAACCGAGUGUGGAAGAUACGGAAGCGAAGCUCAGCAGCCUUAACGAUACGCUGGAGAACCUACUUGACACUGGGGACAACGGCGGGCUCCUUCAGCUCACCAACAGUCUCAGUUCUGUCCUCAACGCAGCAAACACAUCCAGCUACAGCGACGAUACACUUUCAAAGGCACGUGACGGACUUAUUAACUCAAUGACAAAGAUUCCAGUUCAGAGUCUGGACAACGUCGACCAGGUGGCUGGUGCCUUGGGCCUGGCAACGGCUUUGGAGGAACAGGUUACUCCACAAUCUCAGGAGACUGCAGCUAAAACUGUGCUGCAGAUGUCAAACUUUCUUGAUACACCCGAAAGAGAUGAUAACAAAAUUGCCACAAAGACAACUUUUGAUGCAAUCGGACAGCUGAACGCUGCUGUACUAGACCAGAAAGUCCCGGGGGAGAGCCCGACGACGUUCUCUGUCGGUGAAUUUAACUUGGCGGUUGAAAAACAGCGGUGUGAUUCUACCAACGGACAACCGCAGGUUUUCCGGGCAAAUGACCAACUGGGAAGCUCUACGUUUUUCGUGGUAUCCAGCUUGUCAGGGUUGCUUGGGGACAGCUGUGAAACAAAGGAAGACGUCGGAAUAGAGAAUUUCAAAACACCACGGAACCCUUACGCCUUUGCCAACACGUCUGACGAUGUCAAGUCAGAAGUAGGAGGGCUACAGUUCUUGCGGAACGGCAGGCCUUUGGAGAUCCGCGACUUAACAGAUCCUGUGGAGGUUUUCACCCGACGCUUGUCGGAGUCAUCCCAGAAUGGACGAACAAUGACCGAGCUAGGGACGACGGCACCAUCUGGGAGCGGAAAUAUAAGUACUCACCAGUUCAACAUGACUGAGGGGAGAUCCCUGUACCUCACCGUGACGCCUCAUCUGGCGAAUGUGUCUGUCCGACUGUACCUGAAGCGAGGGGACGAACCACGCCGGAUUGACGAGUUCGACAGGAACACAACAUUACCACUGCCAGAUGAUGCCGACCUGUUCACCCUGUCAUUGGGCCCAACUGAAACCAUGACAGCUGACCGGUGGACGUGGUUCAUACCCGGAAGUGACGUAGACCCUAAGGAUCCAGUGGAGCACAUGCACUACCUAGGGGUGGAGCACGUACCGCAAACUGAACAAGGCGAUGUAAGCCCCUCUGUUUCUCCUGAGUAUCAGGGAAAGAACUUCACUCUGAACUACACACUUCAGAUCUUCUCCACACAAUGUCUCUACUUCAACGAGGAAAGCGAAGAUUUCGAGUCAGACGGUUGCCAGCCCGGUCCUCUCAGCAGCGCCGCUUUGUCCCACUGCCGGUGCGACCAUCUGACAGCGUUUGGGUCCGGCUUUACAUUCUUCAUUGCACCGAACAAACUCAACAUCCUCGAGACGCUUCGAAAACUGAACCCAGCGGAGAACCCAGUUGUCAUUAUCGCUGUCAGCGUUCUGUUCGGGAUCUACAUCCUCGUGGUGAUCUGGGCCCGGCGCAAAGACAGACAAGAUUCAAAGAAGAUCGGGGCAACGAUCCUUCGCGGAGAUCAGGGACGUUUUCACGAUCACUUCUACCAGAUCACAGUUCUGACGGGAUCGAGAUCCGAGUCAUCCACAUCUGCCAGGGUCUUUUUGACGCUGAUGGGAGAGGGGGGCACGUCUGGCCCACAUGAACUGGAGGACCGUGAUCGCACGAUUCUCAAGGAGGGAGGAGUAGACACUUUCAUCUUGCCGACAAGUCACCACCUGGGAUCCUUGUACGCCGUGCACAUCUGGCAUGACAACACAGGACCUUGUCCGUCAUGGUUCCUGGACAAAAUCAUCCUGCAAGACCUUAGCGAUGGCAAGAAGUACUCUUUCCUGUGUCAGAGAUGGUUAGCUGUGGAGGAAGGCGACGGAAGGGUGGAUUGUUUGCUCUCGUCGGCUACCGACGAACAACUGUCGACCCUUAGGCACGUCUUUGGGUCACAAACAUCCAAGGCCUUCAAUGAUGGUCACCUGUGGGCUUCGGUGCUGGGACGACCUGCCUACAGUCCCUUUACUCGUGUCCAGCGGGUGUCCUGUUGCCUGUCCGUCUUACUCUGCACCAUGGUCACCAACAUCGCGUUCUUCGGAAUAGAAAAGGACUUCGGCCCGCCUCCUACAAUCGACAUCCUUGGUUUCAAAGUGCAGAUCCCGAUAUCGUGGGCCCAGGAUGUGUUCAUCAUGGUGGUCAAGAAACUCCUGCCCUAUGUCUAUUGGCUGAAGGCAAGUAUCAUGCGGCAGCCCCCGCAAGUUGUUGUCCAGUACCUCCUCCUCGGUCAGAGCUGCUUCUUCCACUGCUUCUUCCACAUUCACCUGUUGAAGAAUGUUGUCCAUUUCAUCAUCUUCCAUACCAUCUUCGGUUGUCCCUACCAUGCCAUUCCCAUCUUGACUGACUGA